GCCAGCGGGCCAGCUAGCCUGCAGAGACUCCCGGGUCCCCAGCGCGGGGCUGGGGCUGGGGCUGGGGCUGGGGGCGGGCAGGGGGCAGCCCCGCGGACCUGGACGGCGCUCCCGCAGACCUCGGGCGGUAGGAUGGAGGCGCGGUGGAGCGCGUGAGGAGGAUGCGGCUGCAGGCGCCGCGGCGGGAGGAAGAGUAAGCGGCGGUGCCCUCGGGAGGCAGCCGUGCUCGGGCCAGAGGCGCCCGGAGGCUCCGCAGUGCCGCUGCCGCCGCCGCCGUCGCCCGGGAGGCUCCGCGCGGGAGCCAUGUAACCUGCGGCGGGCGGGCUCCGUCCUUCCCCAGCUCCCGGGCUAGCGCGGCAGCGGGGCCACGAUGAAGAAGCAGUUCAACCGCAUGCGCCAGCUGGCCAACCAGACGGUGGGCAGGGCAGAAAAGACUGAAGUUCUGAGUGAAGACCUCCUUCAGGUGGAGAAGCGCCUGGAGCUGGUGAAGCAGGUUUCGCACAGCACGCACAAGAAGCUGACCGCGUGUCUCCAGGGCCAGCAAGGCGCCGAGGCCGACAAGCGCUCUAAAAAAUUGCCUCUGACGACACUGGCCCAGUGUUUGAUGGAAGGGUCAGCUAUCCUGGGAGAUGACACACUUCUUGGGAAGAUGCUGAAGCUCUGUGGAGAGACAGAGGACAAGCUGGCGCAGGAGCUGAUUCAUUUCGAAUUACAAGUAGAGAGAGACGUGAUCGAGCCUCUGUUCUUGCUGGCAGAGGUGGAGAUCCCAAAUAUUCAAAAGCAGAGGAAACACUUAGCGAAGUUGGUGCUGGACAUGGACUCCUCCCGAACAAGGUGGCAGCAGACUUCCAAGUCUUCAGGGUUGUCCAGCAGCUUGCAGCCUGCGGGUGCCAAAGCUGAUGCCCUCAGGGAAGAGAUGGAGGAGGCUGCCAACAGAGUGGAGAUUUGCAGGGACCAGCUGUCAGCUGACAUGUACAGUUUUGUGGCCAAAGAAAUUGACUAUGCAAACUACUUCCAAACGCUCAUAGAAGUGCAAGCCGAGUACCACAGGAAGUCGCUGGCACUCUUGCAGGCCGUGCUGCCACAGAUAAAAGCACAGCAGGAGGCCUGGGUGGAGAAGCCGUCCUUCGGGAAGCCCCUGGAGGAGCACCUCACCAUCAGUGGCCGGGAGAUCGCCUUCCCCAUCGAGGCCUGCGUCACGAUGCUGCUGGAGUGCGGGAUGCAGGAGGAGGGACUCUUCCGAGUGGCUCCCUCCGCCUCCAAGCUGAAGAAGCUGAAAGCCGCCCUGGACUGCUGUGUGGUGGACGUGCAGGAGUACUCAGCAGACCCCCACGCGAUCGCAGGAGCUUUGAAAUCUUACCUCCGAGAAUUGCCAGAACCUCUUAUGACCUUUGAACUCUAUGAUGAGUGGAUUCAGGCUUCCAACAUCCAGGAGCAAGAAAAGAGGCUUCAGGCUCUGUGGAAUGCUUGUGAAAAAUUGCCCAAGGCCAAUCACAGCAACAUCCGAUACUUGAUCAAAUUUUUAUCGAAGCUGUCAGAAUAUCAAGAUGUAAACAAGAUGACUCCCAGUAACAUAGCAAUUGUGUUAGGACCCAACCUCCUGUGGCCGCAAGCGGAAGGGAACAUCACGGAGAUGAUGACCACGGUGUCGCUGCAGAUUGUCGGGAUCAUCGAACCCAUCAUCCAGCAUGCGGACUGGUUCUUCCCCGGGGAGAUAGAGUUCAACAUCACGGGGAACUACGGGAGUCCGGUCCACGUGAACCACAACGCCAACUACAGCUCGAUGCCCUCCCCAGACAUGGACCCCGCCGACCGGCGCCAGCCCGAGCAGGCCCGCCGGCCCCUCAGCGUUGCCACCGACAACAUGAUGCUGGAGUUUUACAAAAAGGAUGGCCUUAGGAAAAUCCAAAGCAUGGGCGUGAGGGUGAUGGACACGUCCUGGGUGGCGCGAAGAGGCUCGUCGUCGGCAGGCCGGAAAGGGUCGUGCGCCCCACCCUCCACGCAGCCCCCCGCCCCGCCCGAGGAGCUGGCAGCGCCUCUGCCCUCGCCCCUUCUGGAGCAGCCCCCAGAGGACCCCGCGGUGCCCUCGCUUUCUCCAUCUGGCCUGGGCCUCCAGCCUGGGGCCGAGCGGACCAGCGCUUCCAGAGGCAAGGAGCUUUCUCCGGGGUCUGGGCAGAAGGCAAGUCCGGGUUCCAGCCAGGGGCCACCGGGUGCCGGGACGCCAGCAGGCACCAGCCCCGGCCAGCUGCCCGCCGACCAGAGCCCCCACACCCUCCGGAAAGUGUCCAAGAAGCUGGCACCGAUUCCGCCCAAGGUCCCCUUUGGCCAGCCAGGCGCCAUGUCGGAGCUGCCCGCCGGCCAGCCGUCCCCGCUUAGCCUGUCGCCUACGCCACCGAGCACCCCGUCACCCUACGGACUCAGUUACUCGCAAGGGUACCCCCUGGCCUCGGGCCCGCUCUCCCCGGCGGCGGUGCCGCCCCUGGCCUCUCCCUCCAGCUUCGCCAGCACUUUAACCAAAUCGCGGCCCACCCCGAAGCCUCGGCAGAGACCCACGUUGCCGCCCCCGCAGCCGCCCACCGCCAGCCUCUCUGCCUCCAGCCCGCAGUCCACGGAGCACCCCGUGCUCGACGGCAUGGCCCCCGGGGAGAGCAUGUCCACAGAUCUCGCUCACUUCGAAGUCCCCUCCAUCCACGUGGAGCUCGGGCCGGCGCUCCGCCUGAGCCCCCUGGAGCACAAGCUGCGGCCCCCGGUGGCUGAGAAGAGGGACUCGGAGGAGGACUCAGAGAGCACCGCCCUUUGACACGCGUGUACAUACGUGGGCCCAGACCAGCACAUGGCCAGGCGCCCUGGGCCCAAGUUCUCCGUGGCUCUGGCUGUCACUGCCACGCACGGCCGGAGUCCUGCAGAGCGGUCACCCCCCGGCCUGAGUGGCAAACAUCGGUGGUGCAGGUUUUGUUCGUUCCCCUCGGGUGGUGACGUGGGCCUUUUGUUUGACCUUUGCCUUUGACUUUGUGCCUAUUUGACCUACUUUCAGCCUCCAUGCCAAGCAGCAGCCCUCUCCACUAAGGGCUCCUGUAGGUCCUCUGCAGGGGGGUGUGGAGGGCCAGGUGCUGGGUGAGACCUGGGCUGCCCUGUACUGACAGCGACAUCGAGGCCUCCAGUGUCAGCUGGACGGCCACAGAAAGGGACAGAGAGCAAGUCCUUUACGUACAGGGACGAGUCCUGGGCGCUGACUUGCGCUGCACAGGGAGGCUGCCCUACUCUGUGGGUUGGUUCUAAGUAAACGCUGAACACAUUUGUUUUACUUCCCAAGUUUUAUUUUCCACACCGUGUUACCGGAAGCUCCUGUUUCCACCUUACCACUUAAUACUUCCAAAUUUUAAAAAUGACCUUGAGGAUGUCUCAAGGGCCUAGAGACAUCUCCCCACGUCCCCCCCAAACAUCAAGUGGUCUGACAGUAAUUCUACACCUCCGGCUCUCAGGGGCACCGGCUCACAGGUACUGGGCGGAACCAGGAGCCUCUCCGGGAGGGCACUUGUGAAUAGCAAUAACUGUUACCCAGAGCACGGAGCAGAGAGUGAGACCGGCCCCAGCCUCAGGCUCUCUCCCCUUCUCAUAAGACCCCACUCCCUCUCGGGGACACGCGAGAGCACUGGGAGCCCACACUCUGGGACUGAGACAUCUGGGUCCUGCAUGCACAGCCACACUUUACAAUUUUACCCUUUUAAGGCAGAUAUGACAUACCUAUACAUGAUAUAUUUGUAUAUAUGAAAGUUCUCUAUAUUUGUUUAAUUUGAGCCAUUCAAUCUAAGCCAGUGUACAGGUGUACAAUGCGGAGUUUAAGUGCGUCUAGUUUUCCCAGCACAGUGUAAAAUAGCCCUCCUCUGGCCAUGGGGUUGGCAGACUUGGGAUGCUACCAGCUUUGCUCACUUCCUGGCGAGGGCGGUUCGGUACCCAAUUUGCAAUGGAGCCCGGGGGCUGAAAGCACCUUUAAAUACAUGUACAAAUAGUUGUCAAAAGUAAACUUAUUAAAAUAGAUUUAUUAUCCCUGA